UUUAAUUUAUAUGAGCUUAGUGUUUGCGGUAUAUUUAUCAGCAACAUCGACUGGUCUAAAUGUAAUGACCCAGAUUUUCGAGUAGAAAGGCUUCGAUUAUUUGGGUAACAUUUCGAUUUUCACUAUCUUCUUAUUUGGAAUGAUUGGAAACUUUGUCUGUAAAUACAAAUACUAUUAUUCUAGGCAUAUUAUACAUCAGGAAAUUGCAAUACCGUCAUAGUUUUUUUAUUCAUUCCCUAGGGUAUUUGCUAUUUUUGAUAUCUGGCUUAUUGGUUUGUCAUUGUGCAGAUAAAGAGAAUGGAAUCUGCAAUGAUUUCUGGAUCUACUUAGUGACAAUUGUAUCAUCAGCCAUGAGUGGAUUCACAUCCUCUGGUCUGUUUAUAACACAGAAUGAUUACGUCGCGUAAUUGAGUAAGUAUUCCAAAAAAGCUGGAUUAUAUUACGGUAUUGCUUGGGCAGUUCUAUAAUUAUCCUAAGUCAUAGGUAGUUUAUAUUCUGCCUUUGUGAUUGUUCAAAUAAAGCAAUUCUAUUUUUACUGUCUGAUGGUCGCUGUGGCAACUUUUGGUUCCUUAUCUUUUCUUUUGGUACCGUAACCGAAGCAACAUGCCCACAGUGUUGUUUAACUACAGGAAGAUGGGUAAGAAGUCGCGGAUACUUAGGAAUUGAAUAAGUUGAAUCCAAUUUCUGUCAUUUUGACUAUGAAAGAAUUUAGAGUAAAAUGCUUUAUUUUUCCAAUGAUGAUCACUGGGUGUCUUUUGAGUUUUCAAUGGAAUGUUAUGCAUUAUGUCAUUGAAAAUUCUAUUGACACCUAAUCGCUUAGUGAUGAAGAGAUCACCAAAUAUACUCUAUUAGUUAUGACAGUCUUAGGGUGUUGUGAAGUCUUGGGAGGAGUAUAAUAUUAUUCCUAUUUAUAGAUAUUCAUAGGGGUAUUCAACACUUAUACACCUAAAUACACAAGCCAGCUAUUGCAAUUUCAUUUAAUAUCCAUAGCCUUGUUAUUGGCUAUAAUUAACACCUACGAAUAGAAAUACGGGAUAUGUUUUUUAAUAGCCAUUCUUUGGGGAUUGGUUGAUUGUGGUACUACGUCUACUUUGUUGGCCAUAAUUGCAUAGGAUUGGAAUGAUCAAAUCCAAUAUUUUGGUCUCUUUAACUUUUUAUAGUGUUGUGGAGGGAUGAUAUCUACUGUUGUUUCGAUAAUAUUAGCAUGUAUUUAUAUAUAUGUAUGUUCAAUUAUCUAGAAUAACCUAUAGAAUGGUCGAUAUUCUUCUUGUUGGCGUGUGUGUGUGUCAGUAAGUUUAGUAUAUCUUGUUACUAAAAAUUGUACAUAAAACAAUGA